CAGAGGGUGACCCAGAAUUCUUUGCUGGUACUGUAGUAUUGGGUUUUUGAGGGGAAAAAGAAAGGAGGUUUCAGGAUGAUGGAAUCUGGGGCUCCAACUUGCCACACCUGUGGUGAACAGGUGGGGUUGAAUGCCAAUGGGGAACCCUUCGUGGCUUGCCAUGAGUGUAAUUUCCCCAUUUGCAAGCCUUGUUUUGAGUACGAGCUUAAGGAGGGCAAGAAAAAUUGUUUGCGCUGUGGGGUUCCUUAUGAUGAGAACUUGCUGGAUGAAGUAGAGACAAAGGCACCUGGCAACAGAUCUACAAUGGCUGGUCAUCUUAAUAAUUCUCAGGAUCUGGGAAUUCAUGCAAGACAUGUCAGCAGCGUGUCUACAGUGGAUAGUGAAUUAAAUGAUGACUCAGGCAAUCCAAUUUGGAAGAAUAGGGUGGAAAGUUGGAAAGAGAAGAAGAACAAGAAGAAAUCCACCACUAAAACAAAGGCUGAGAAAGAGGCUGAAGUUCCACCUGAGCAGCAGAUGGAAGAGAAACCGACGCCAGAUGCUGAAGAGCCCCUUUCAACUGUGGUUCCAGUUCCAAAGAGCAGGAUCAGGCCGUACAGAAUCGUGAUCGUUAUGCGACUGAUUAUUCUGGCAUUUUUCUUCCAUUAUCGAGUUACAAAUCCUGUUGACAGUGCUUUUGGUUUGUGGCUCACCUCUGUCAUAUGUGAGAUAUGGUUUGCUUUCUCAUGGGUGCUGGAUCAGUUUCCCAAAUGGUCUCCUGUUAGUAGGGAAACAUAUAUUGACAGGCUAGCUGCAAGGUAUGAAAGAGAAGGUGAACCUUCUGAGCUAGCUGGUGUGGACUUUUUUGUGAGUACAGUUGAUCCACUGAAAGAACCCCCCUUGAUCACUGCCAAUACUGUGCUUUCAAUCCUUGCCUUGGACUAUCCUGUGGAUAAGGUCUCCUGCUAUGUAUCCGAUGAUGGUGCUGCCAUGCUUACAUUCGAAAGUCUAGUUGAAACAGCUGAUUUUGCAAGGAAAUGGGUGCCGUUCUGCAAGAAGUUUUCCAUUGAACCAAGGGCACCUGAGUUUUACUUCUCACAGAAGAUUGAUUACUUGAAGGAUAAAAUUCAGCCCUCUUUUGUGAAAGAACGUAGAGCAAUGAAGAGAGAUUAUGAAGAGUUUAAAGUUAGAAUUAAUGCUUUGGUAGCAAGGGCUCAGAAAACACCCGAAGAAGGAUGGACCAUGCAAGAUGGAACACCUUGGCCAGGGAAUAACACGCGUGACCAUCCUGGCAUGAUUCAGGUUUUCCUUGGACGUAGUGGUGCUUGUGAUGCAGAGGGUAAUGAGCUCCCACGACUGGUUUAUGUUUCCAGAGAGAAGAGACCUGGUUACCCACACCACAAAAAGGCUGGUGCUGAAAAUGCUUUGGUGAGGGUUUCUGCAGUUCUCACAAAUGCUCCUUACAUUCUCAAUCUUGACUGUGACCACUAUGUUAACAAUAGCAAGGCAGUCCGAGAGGCAAUGUGCUUCAUGAUGGAUCCACAAGUUGGUAGAGAUGUAUGCUAUGUGCAGUUUCCUCAGAGGUUUGAUGGCAUAGAUCGGAGUGAUCGAUAUGCAAACCGUAACAUUGUUUUCUUCGAUGUUAACAUGAAGGGCCUGGAUGGCAUUCAAGGACCAGUUUAUGUAGGAACAGGUUGUGUUUUCAACAGGCAAGCACUUUAUGGCUAUGGACCUCCUUCCAUGCCUAAGUUAACCAAAUCUUCCUCAUCCUGCUCGUGGUGUGGUUGCUGCUCAUGCUGUUGCCCCACCAAGAAGCCCUCUAAAGAUCCGGAAGAGCUUUACCGUGAUGCCAAACGAGAAGAGCUCGAUGCUGCUAUCUUCAACCUCAAGGAGAUUGAAAAUUAUGAUGAUUAUGAAAGGUCAAUGCUGAUUUCCCAGAUGAGCUUUGAGAAAACUUUUGGCAUAUCAUCUGUCUUCAUUGAGUCCACAUUAAUGGAGAAUGGAGGAGUGCCUGAAUCUGUCAAUCCUUCAACUCUAAUCAAGGAAGCAAUCCAUGUCAUUGGCUGUAGUUAUGAAGAGAAGACUGAAUGGGGAAAAGAGAUUGGUUGGAUUUAUGGCUCAGUCACUGAAGAUAUCUUAACUGGAUUCAAAAUGCACUGCCGAGGAUGGAGGUCCCUCUACUGCAUGCCCUUAAGGCCUGCAUUCAAAGGAUCCGCACCCAUCAAUCUGUCUGAUAGGUUGCACCAGGUUCUUCGGUGGGCUCUUGGGUCUGUGGAGAUUUUCCUUAGCAGACACUGCCCUCUCUGGUAUGGAUUUGGAGGUGGCCGCCUUAAAUGGCUCCAAAGACUGGCAUACGUAAAUACAAUUGUCUACCCAUUUACAUCCCUUCCUCUGGUUGCUUACUGCGCCCUGCCAGCAAUUUGCCUUCUGACAGGAAAAUUUAUCAUUCCAACUCUCUCAAACCUGGCAAGUGUUCUCUUUCUUGGCCUCUUUCUCUCCAUCAUUUUAACUAGUGUGCUUGAGCUCCGGUGGAGUGGUGUCAGCAUCGAAGACUUGUGGCGUAACGAGCAAUUUUGGGUCAUUGGAGGUGUCUCGGCCCAUCUCUUUGCCGUCUUCCAAGGAUUCCUUAAGAUGUUAGCAGGCAUUGAUACCAACUUCACUGUCACUGCGAAAGCAACUGAUGAUACUGAGUUUGGAGAGCUCUACAUCAUUAAAUGGACAACACUCUUGAUCCCCCCAACAACACUUCUCAUUGUCAACUUGGUUGGUGUUGUUGCUGGAUUCUCUGAUGCACUAAACAAAGGAUAUGAAGCCUGGGGGCCACUCUUCGGCAAGGUUUUCUUUGCCUUCUGGGUGAUCCUCCAUCUCUAUCCAUUCCUCAAAGGUCUCAUGGGUCGCCAAAAUAGAACCCCAACCAUUGUCGUUCUCUGGUCAGUGCUGUUGGCCUCUGUCUUCUCUCUUGUCUGGGUCAGGGUUAACCCAUUCGUCAACAAAACCGACGGUACAAACGUUGUCCAGAGCUGCAUCUCCAUAGAUUGCUGAGUUCGCCAUGGAAAAAAAAAGCUCACCAUACUUUUGAAUCAAAAAUCAUGAUUACCAGAACAUACAAUGUGGUUUUAGAAAUUCAGUGUGGAAGAUUUAUGCAUUUCUUAAGCACUAUGAAUGCAAAAAGAUUGUAUUUUUGUCCUCUAUAAUGUUGAAAACGUGUAAAAGAAAUACAGAAAGGAUUGGUUGUUGAAUUUUCCUAUG